GGGCGGAGUCUGCUCCAGGCCCCGCCUCCUAUUGAGGUGAGCGCUUGGCCCGGGCUGGUUUUCCGCUUGGCGAAGGGUUACUUCCGGGUCGGACCCCGCUAGCUGCGGGAGCGGAGUGUAGAGCAGUGCUGGGCGGGCCAGCGGGGUGGGCUGCGGCCCUCGCGCCGCCGGCGAUGCAGGGGGGCAGCUCCGGGACCCGCGAGCGCGAAGAGGAGGGCGACGGGGCAGGGGCUGUGGCUGCGCCGCCGGCUAUUGACUUUCCCGCCGAGGGCCCGGACCCCAAAUAUGACGAAUCUGAUGUUCCAGCAGAACUCCAGGUGUUAAAAGAACCUCUACAACAGCCAACCUUUCCUUUUGCAGUUGCCAACCAACUCUUGCUUGUUUCUUUGCUAGAGCACUUGAGCCAUGUGCAUGAACCAAACCCGCUUCGUUCAAGACAGGUGUUUAAGUUACUUUGCCAGACCUUUAUCAAAAUGGGGCUGCUGUCUUCUUUCACUUGUAGUGAUGAGUUUAGCUCAUUGAGACUACAUCACAACAGAGCUAUUACUCACUUAAUGAGGUCCGCUAAAGAGAGAGUUCGUCAGGAUCCUUGUGAGGAUAUUUCUCAUAUCCAGAAAAUCAGAUCAAGGGAAGUAGCCUUUGAAGCACAAACUUCACGUUACUUAAAUGAAUUUGAAGAACUUGCCAUCUUAGGAAAAGGUGGAUACGGAAGAGUAUACAAGGUCAGGAAUAAAUUAGAUGGUCAGUAUUAUGCAAUUAAGAAAAUCCUGAUUAAGGGUGCAACUAAAACAGAUUGCAUGAAGGUCCUACGGGAAGUGAAGGUGCUGGCAGGUCUUCAGCACCCUAAUAUUGUUGGCUAUCACACUGCAUGGAUAGAACACGUUCAUGUGAUUCAGACACUAGCAGACAGAGCUGCCAUUGAGUUGCCAUCUCUGGAAGUGCUCUCCGACCAGGAAGAGGACAGAGACCAAGAUGGAGUUAAAAAUGAUGAAAGUAGCAGCUCAUCCAUUAUCUUUGCUGAGCCCACCCCAGAAAAAGAAAAAUCCUUUGGAGAAUCUGACACUGAAAACCAGAAUAACAAACCGGUGAACUAUACCAACAAUUUAGUCAUAAGAGACAAUGGUGAAUUUGAGUCGACCCUGGAGCUCCAGGAAAAUGGCUUGGCUGCUUUGUCUACCAGUUUGAUUGUGGAACAGCAGCUGCCGCUCAGGCGGAAUUCCCACCUAGAGGAGAGUUUCACAUCCACUGAGGAAUCUUCCGAAGAAAAUGUCAACGUUUUGGGUCAGACAGAGGUGCAGUACCACCUGAUGCUGCACAUCCAGAUGCAGCUGUGCGAGCUCUCGCUGUGGGAUUGGAUAACCGAGAGAAACAAGCGGGGCCGGAAGUGUGUGGACGAGUCUGCCUGUCCUUACGUUAUGGCCAAUGUUGCAACAAAAAUUUUUCAAGAAUUGGUAGAAGGUGUGUUUUACAUACAUAACAUGGGAAUUGUGCACAGAGAUCUGAAGCCAAGAAAUAUUUUUCUUCAUGGCCCUGAUCAGCAAGUAAAAAUAGGAGACUUUGGUCUGGCCUGCACAGACAUCCUACAGAAGAACACAGACUGGACCAGUAGGAACGGGAAGAGAACACCAGCACAUACGUCCAGAGUGGGUACGUGUCUGUACGCUUCACCUGAACAGUUGGAAGGAUCUGAGUAUGAUGCCAAGUCAGAUAUGUACAGCUUGGGUGUGAUCCUGCUAGAGCUCUUUCAGCCAUUUGGAACAGAAAUGGAGCGAGCAGAAGUUCUAACAGGUUUAAGAACUGGUCAGUUGCCGGAAUCCCUCAGUAAAAGAUGUCCAGUGCAAGCCAAGUAUAUCCAGCACUUAACAAGAAGAAACUCAUCACAGAGACCAUCUGCUAUUCAGCUGCUGCAGAGCGAACUUUUCCAAAAUUCUGGAAAUGUUAACCUCACCCUACAGAUGAAGAUAAUAGAGCAAGAAAAAGAAAUUGCAGAACUAAAGCAGCAGCUAAACCUCCUUUCUCAAGACAAAGGGGUGAGGGAUGAUGGAAAGGAUGGGGGCGUACCUGUCUAACCUUCCUCAGCCUGUAUCUAUAGGAUGAAAGUGGACUUAAACCUUUAAGGUAGUUAACUGGAAUGUAAAUUUUUAAUCUUUGUUAGGGUAUAGUUGAUAUAAUUCUUAGUUGUAUUUAGUUGGCCUUUACAAGAUUUAUUAAAGAUGCAAGAGUACCCCAAGCUCCUGCUCCUUCCCUUUCUGCCCCACAAGCUCCUUUUCCCCCAAUUUCCUACCUAAAUAUUACUAUAUGCCUAGUCUCUGAAACCAGAAACCUUGACCUCAUCCUCAAUUACCUUCUCUUUUCAACUCUGUUGACCCUCUCUCUGGUCUUCCUUUAGAAGGUUCUACUGCAGAAAUUGACCUGUGCUCCCUGCCACUGUCACUGCCCAAGCCCAGGCCUGCACAUACUCACUGGACUGUUCGUUUUUAUAGCUGCCAGUCUUCCUACCCACUUCACACUGCCGCCUAUGUUAAUUAGCAGAAGGAUGCCUGACCAUUUCAUUCCUUGGCUCCAAAUCUUCUGCUGCCUCUAAGAUAAAACUCAACUUCUUAACAGUAUAGUGUGCAACUUCCAAACUUUUUAUCUGUUCUCUCCACCUUCAACUUACUGUCAUCCCAAAACCACACCCUUGCAAAACUUUGUACUCCUCACCCCAGAUGAUCUCAAGGCAGCUCAGAUGUCUUUCCCACCUUUGCCCUGCCCUGUCCCCAGUAUUUCCUCCUUUAUUACAACACUCAACUCUCCAGACAAUUACAUCUCUCAAGGGCAGCAAGCUGAAUUGGUUUUUGAAUCCCAGAAAGGGUCUGUCACGGUGGUCGCAGUCAUGAUGGUAGAUGGCACAUGAUUUUGCUGAAUUUUAAAUAAAAUGAGAACCACAAAUUA